AUGCCCGCCGCCAACAGCGGUCCUUCUUGCGCCUUUACCUGCUGGGCCUGGUCUCCAGGCGGGUCUAGCGGGAGCCCCUUAGCCACCAACAGCAAAUCAUCCGGAGAUCGCGUGGAUUUAAAUGCCCAGAGCUUCGACGCGACCUACCCGCUAUGUGCCGUUUGCAGUUUGAGUAAUAAUUCUUAUUAUUCUUGUUAUUCUUAUUAUUCUUAUUAUUCUUAUUAUUCUUAUUAUUCUUAUUAUUCUUAUUAUUCUUAUUAUUCUUAUUAUUCUUAUUAUUCUUAUUAUUCUUAUUAUUCUUAUUAUUCUUAUUAUUCUUAA